AUGGUCGCCACAUCUGCCUACAUGAGAGUCUCUCAAGCUCAAGAAGAAUCCUCUCCGGAAAAAUAUGAAGAGCAACUUGAACAGGAUUCGCCUCUCAUGGGGGUACAAAAAUCUGUCACCAGUAGACAAUUCUGCGGACUCCAAGUUCUCCUGGCAAUUUCAAUUGCACUACUUGGAGGGACAUGCUUGCUGUUUGCUGCAUUGCUCACCAGUCGGGCGCCCAGUGACCGGAAAUGUGCAAUGCAAUUAUCAUCUUACUCCCCAUUGCUAGAGGCAGUGGAAUAUUACGAGGUCGACUGGGCGAACAACUUCCAUCAGGAGUCCAUUUACCGAGGAUCACCAACUCCGGAGCUAGAGCUCGCAUGGGAUCAUCUUUGGAGACAAAACGAUAUCAACGUUCCGCUGAACAAGUUAUCCUCGCUCAAUCGGUCGGCGAAUGCAAAUUGGAAGCAGACACCCACGCAAUAUGGCGGAGGCGCCGAAGCUAAUGUAGAAGUGUUUCAUCAGCUGCAUUGUCUGAACAUGAUUCGGCAGUACACGUACCUUGACUCCUACGAAGUGCCACCGGAAGGGUUUCGGAAAUCCCCGGAAAUGUCAAGAACACAUGUCGACCACUGCAUUGAGACGCUGCGAAUUCAUCUGAUGUGUGCAGGGGACGUGACGCCUGUGCUGGUGAGGCUGGACGACUCUAAGCCGCUUGGGGCCGAGGCGGAUUUCUCGACGCACCAUAAAUGUCGCCGAUUCGAUAAAUUGACUGAGUGGAUGGAUAUCCAUGCUUUUCGGGUAACAAAUAUCUCGAUUGCGUCAGCUACAGUGGGCAUUCUUAGCACUCAGGCACUGUUACUGCUUUCGCACUAUGACCAUGCACGCUCCCUGAGGCCGUCGAGUUUGAUCUGCCUGUAUCUUCUGGGGAGCAUCAUAUUUGAAAUUGUGCAAGUACGGACUCUGUGGUUGUUGCAUCCUCCAAGCUACCCUCUCGCGGCGACAGUCACUGUUGCUCUCGUGGUCCGGUCCCUGUUGCUCGUGCUGGAGACUAGUGAGAGCAGAAAACCCCUAAGCCCUCAAUAUGGCCGUAUUUCUCCAGAAAACUUCACUGGAAUCUUCAGUCAGAGUACCUACUGGUGGCUCAACGGGCUGUUCAUAAGUGGCUUCCGAGGCGAGCUAUCCCUCGAUGAGCUCUAUCCCCUGGAUGGGGAGCUCUUGACUAAGUCUCUCAUUUCCCGCAGCAAUCAGCAAUUGAAUGAAAAACCUACUCGACGGCUAGCACUUUUCCGUCACAUCAUUUACGACUUGAGAUGGACGAUAGCAGCGGCAGUCGGCCCUCGCCUUUGCCUUACUGGGUUCAAAUUUGCCCAGCCCUUUCUCAUUAACGACCUCAUUAAUUACGUGUCCGACAACGGCUCCAGUGAGCCUGCCGGGGUCAAGUACGGCUUCAUCGGUGCGACAGUGUUAAUUUAUGUGGGGAUAGCAGUAAGCACUGCUUUGUUCAAGCGUCAGGCUAUUCGCAUGGUCACUAUUACCCGUGGAUCGUUAGUUACGAAGAUAUAUGUGAAGACCCUUUGCCAAGCUUCAGGUCAAUGUCAAGAGACACGUUCGACCACCUUAAUGAGCACCGAUGUCGAUCGGAUUGUCACAGGGCUGUUGAACUUCCACGAACUCUGGGCAUCACCGGUAGAGAUUGUGAUUGCGCUUGUGCUGCUAAGUAGAUCCGUUGGGUACCCCUCAGUCGCCGCUCUGGCUGUUACUUUGGUGAGCGUACUAGGAUCCUCUUAUCUCGCGCCUCGAAUGCGGCAAUGGCAAAAAAUAUGGGUACAAGCUGUUCAGGAGAGAGUCAGUUUCACUUCAGUGAUACUCAAAGAACUGAGACAGAUCAAAAUGUUCGGUGCCGAGUCCGGCAUAGGCCUCAAGAUACACAGACUUCGCGAAUCGGAACUACGUCAAUCUAAGUCUUAUCGAUCAAUGAUUGUCGGUGUCAAUGUUUUGAGCGCCCUAUCGACCGCCAUCGCUCCCGCUGUGACAAUAGCCGUGUAUGCCGCUACGCAGCUGAAUCUUAGACUAGAGACACCCAGCACUGAUGUUGUGUUUACAUCCCUGUCUUUGAUUUCGCUUCUGACAAGCCCGGUGGUGUUACUAUCGGUCUCAUGGACGAGAUUCACAUCCGCUAUAGGCUGUUUCGAUCGGAUCCAAGAAUUUCUUUACAAGGACAGCCGAACGAGCGAGACCCUAGCAGGGGGUGAAUGGGUAGCACCUCAGAACGUUCUAGGAACGAAGCUUAACUCAGUAUCGGCUCAGCCCGAGCCCCUUGUUUCCAUGACUGACUGCAGCUUCAGCCUGGGCUCGGACAAACCAGCGAUUCUCUAUGGGAUAACACUAAAGAUACAGCAUGCUUCAUUCACAGCGGUGACUGGCCCUAUUGGCUCUGGCAAGUCCUCCUUGCUCGAAGCAAUGCUCGGCGAAAUGCAUCUAAGAGAAGGGAUUCUGUCCGUUAUUCCUGUCAAGAUGGCGUAUUGCAAGCAAAACCCGUGGAUAUUCAAUGGGACACUGAAAGCGAACAUCAUCGGAGAAUCACACGCCGACCAAAAAUGGCUCGAAGAAGUGUUGCAUGCCUGUAACUUGGACAUUGAGGCCACCACACUUCCUCUCGGGCUUGACACAGUAGCUGGGAGCUCAGGAGCUCAGCUGAGCGGAGGACAGAAGCAGCGACUGUCUUUGGCCAGAGCAAUCUAUGCGAGACCAUCUUUACUGGUUUUAGAUGACUGUUUUGGCCCAUUGGACGCAGUGACAUCAAAGAUAGUCUUCCAGCAAGUGCUCGGUCGUGCUGGCCUGGCCAGAAGGAUCGGGAUGGAUACUAUUCUUGUGACAACAGCAGUGCAACAUUUGAAAGAAGCGGACAAUUUGAUUGUUCUCUCAAAAGAUGGUCGCGUGGAAGCCAAAGGGCGUUUCGAAGAACUGGUGAAUCAAAACGAGUAUUUGCUGAGCCUUUCUCGUUCAAUAACCUCCGAAGACAAUGGUAUCCAAGAAGAAAGCAAAGAGGGUGAUUCCAGGCUCGAAGGAGUACAAGAAGUGAAGGAAAAAGCCGGAGAGAUCGCUAAAAGAGAGACAGUUCCUAACACACCCCGAGGUGGUGGGGACAUCUCGCUCUAUGCCUACUACAUCAGAUCAUUCGGCUGGUGGGUAUUUGGGUUAACGCUGGUAUUCGCAUGUCUAUUCGUGUUCUGCAUUUCCUUUCCGCAGGUUAUGCUGAGCUGGUGGUGUGGCUCGGCCCCCCAAAAGAACUACACGUAUCUAGGUUCCUACGUCGGUAUAUCGUCGAUCGCCAUCAUUGCGAUGGCCGCUUUUAUUGGAUUCUUUUUUGUGUGGGCUGUUCCCAAGUCUGCUGUCCAGCUACAUAAAGUUUUUCUGGACACGGUCAUGAGAGCACCUUGGCCUAGCUUAGCUCGAAUAGAUACAGGUAAUCUCAUUAAUAGGUUCAGCCAGGACAUGUCACUUCUUGACAUGCAGCUUCCUGUUGCAUUCGGCAUAAGUCUUCAGAACGUUUUGACUUGCAUCGCACAAGGCGCCCUGAUAGCUACUGGAUCGGGUUACAUGGCUGUCGUAAUCCCCUUCUGUAUUAUGGCAGUAUGGACAAUCCAAGCUUUCUACUUGCGAACUUCCCGGCAGGUCAGACUCCUUGAUCUGGAAGCAAAGGCUCCCCUUUACGCCCAAUUCUUGGAAACCACAGAGGGCCUUACAACCAUCCGUGCACUUCAUUGGCAGCAAGCAUUUUCAGAUCAAAAUGCCGAGCUCCUCGACACGUCACAGAAGCCAUUUUACACCAUGUACUCCAUUCAGCAGUGGCUGCAGGUUGUUUUGGAUCUCCUCAUGGCAGGAAUUGCGACCGUUCUGGUGGCAUUGGCUAUUUUUGUCAGCAAGAAGACUAGCUCUGGAGCCCUCGGAGUUGCUCUUGUGAACCUUCUUUCAUUCAAUACAACAUUGACAUUGUUGAUCACGAACUGGACACAGCUGGAGACUUCUCUAGGGGCAAUUGUGAGAAUCAAACUAUUUGUGACAGACCUGCAACUACAACCGGCUAGGAACGAGAUAACCUGUCCAGAGGGGGGGGAUUUUUCCACCCCUGUAUUGCAAAAUGUCUCAUUUAGCCUAGAGGGCGGCCAGAAGCUAGGUAUUUGUGGGAGAACCGGAAGUGGAAAGAGUUCUUUGCUUGCCUGCUUUUUCUCUCUCGUGACGAUCACGUCGGGCGAAAUCCUCAUUGACGGAGUCGACAUCUCAACUCUUCCCAAAGAGAAGCUUCAUUCUGCAUUGGUCCCAAUAUCUCAAAAUCCAUUAGUUAUUCCCGGUUCAAUCCGUGAAAACCUUGCCCUGGGAAUUACAUCAACUAUUGAUGAUUCAGUGAUGGUAUCUGCCUUGAAGGAAGUCGGACUUUGGCAUCAAAUCCAAGACCACGGUGGCCUGAGUGCGAACAUCGAUUCAACUAAUCUAUCCAAUGGCCAAAAGCAGAUUUUAUGCAUUGCCCGUGCUAUUCUAUUUCCUGGCAGGAUCAUCAUCAUGGACGAGCCUACGGCCGGAUUUGAUGAACACACCGAGAGAUUGGCCACGGAGCUUCUUCGCGAGAAGCUAAAAGGACGGACUGUAAUCUCAAUUUCCCAUCAAAUCAACACUGUGAUGGACUCGGAUCUGGUCAUGGUCAUGAAUCACGGUACAGUAUCUGAAUUAGGAGCACCGCAAGAGCUUUUGGGCGGACUGGGCUCGAGUAUCGGCAAGAAACUGCGAGAGCAAGGAGCACGAGUCGCGAUCCUUUACGCGCCCUUUGAAGCGAAGCGGCGGGAUGAAUUGCUCGAGGCUGGGUACGGGGGUACCGACCUGGACGAUAUCCGCACCUAUGAGUGCGACAUCACGUCUGCGGACUCAGUCCAAUCGGCGUUCGAAUCGCUUGAGAAGCAGAUUGUCGCCCCGGCUUCCUCGUCACUCGCCGACCGGGCAUUCCCGAGUAUCUUGAUUAAUACGGCGGGAUAUGUAUCGCUCAGCGAUAUGGAGAUCACACCGCCCGAGGAAACCAUGAAGCAUCUCACGACCAAUGUUCUGGGUCCGAUGCUCUGCUCGCAGGCGUUUGCUCGAUUGUAUUUCGCUGCUUCGAAGGUCGCCGAGUCAUCGACUAGUCCGCCUCCGCCUGGGAGGAUCGUGAGUAUCUCUUCGCAGGCUGCGCAUGCGGCUCUGCACCGUCAUGGUGCUUAUUGCGCUUCCAAAGCUGCGCUCGGGGGACUGACUCGCAGUAUGGCAUCGGAGUGGGCUGGCCGGGGGAUCACGUCUAAUACUGUUUCUCCAACUGUUGCGUGGACGGCGCUGGGACAGAAGGCUUGGGGUGAGACGUCGGUGAGGGAGGCAUUCUUGAAGAAUAUUCCCACUGGCAAGUUUGCACUUCCGGAGGAGGUGGCGGAUGCUGUUCUAUUCCUUUGUCAGGACUCCAGUGGGAUGAUCAACGGUGCGGACAUUCGAGUUGAUGGCGGCUUCACUGUUCGGUAG